AGCUCGCAGGGCGAGAGGAGGAGGGGCUGCAGGCCUCCUGGCUCUGCAAAGUUCAUUUCUUUAACUCCUGGCCUUCAGCCUUUAGAUCCUAGAAACCCUGGCACACAGAGCGCCCUGAGCCUGGGCCUGCCUGUGGCAUGACAGCCGGGGUAGCGGGGGACUGAGCUUGGCUGACCGAUCUUGACUGUCUCCCCAGAACAUCAGCAUAUCCGCUACAACCCGCUCCAGGAUGAGUGGGUGCUGGUAUCAGCCCACCGCAUGAAGCGGCCCUGGCAAGGGCAAGUGGAACCAGUGCUUAUGAAGACAGUGCCCCGCCAUGACCCACUCAACCCUCUGUGUCCCGGGGCUACACGGGCCAAUGGUGAGUAGGUGAAUCCCAACUAUGAUGGCACCUUCCUGUUUGACAAUGACUUUCCAGCAUUGCAGCCUGAUGCUCCGGAUCCAGGACCCAGUGAUCACCCGCUUUUCCAAGCAGGGGCUGCCCGAGGAGUUUGGUAACUAUGGAUUUCCCCUCUUACAAUCUUUGGCCCAGCGUUGAAGAUGAAGACCUGGAGGUUGGGCCCUGUCCCUAGCAGCCAAUCCCUAUCCCUAUGUCAUCCCUUCCCCACUCACCACCUAGUAAGGUCAUGUGCUUCCACCCCUGGUCGGAUGUGACGCUGCCACUCAUGUCAGUACCCGAGAUCCGAGCUGUCGUGGAUGCAUGGGCCUCAGUCACAGAAGAGCUGGGUGCCCAGUACCCUUGGGUGCAGAUCUUUGAAAACAAAGGAGCCAUGAUGGGCUGUUCUAACCCCCACCCCCACUGCCAGGUGUGGGCCAGCAGUUUCCUGCCAGAUAUUGCCCAGCGUGAAGAGCGGUCCCAGCAGGCCUAUCACAGGCAGUAUGGAGAGCCUCUACUACUGGAGUAUGGCCACCAGGAGCUCCUUAGGAAGGAACGUCUGGUCCUAACCAGUGAGCACUGGCUAGUGCUGGUCCCCUUCUGGGCAAUGUGGCCAUUCCAGACACUACUGCUACCCCGGCGGCAUGUGCGGAGGCUGCCUGAGCUGACACCUGCUGAACGUGAUGAUCUAGCCUCCAUCAUGAAGAAGCUCUUGACCAAGUAUGACAACCUAUUUGAGACAUCCUUUCCCUACUCCAUGGGCUGGCAUGGGGCUCCCACAGGAGUAGAGGCCGGAACUGCCUGUGACCAUUGGCAGUUGCAUGCUCAUUACUACCCUCCUCUCCUGCGCUCUGCUACUGUUCGGAAAUUCAUGGUUGGCUAUGAAAUGCUUGCCCAGGCUCAGCGAGACCUCACCCCUGAACAGGCUGCAGAAAGACUAAGGGCACUUCCUGAAGUGCAUUAUUGCCUGGCACAGAGAGACAAGGAAGCAGCAGCCAUCGCCUGAUCGUGAUGACAGCAUAGCCUUUGAAUCCUUUGGCCUAAGAGAACUGGGGCAGAUGUGACAUCAAUAAAACUGCAUCUCAAACUUUAA